AUGGCUGGCCUUUCGUAUAUUUGCCUACUUUCCUUUUUUGCCCAGGUUUUCCACAAAAUCAUCACCACCGGUCAUCAAUGCCUGCAGCCCCUCUUCGACUGCCUCAUUACAAUUAUCGACAACGUGUCACCCUAUGUGAAAAGCCUAUCAAUGAUCUCAGCCUCCAAAUUGAUGCAUCUGACGGAAGCAUUUAGUCAACCUUGGUUUCUCUUCUCAUCUCCCAACAACUACCAACUGGUGCUUUUCCUUCUGGAAAUCUUUAACAAUAUUAUUCAAUAUCAAUUUGAUGGAAACUCCUGCUUGGUCUACUCCAUUAUCCGCAAACGGCAGGUCUUCUAUCAGCUGGCCAAUUUACCCACUACCGAUGAGGAGAUUCGAGAAAUCCUCAUCAAACACAGCGGUCUGCAUCGACAUUUUGAAGCUCCACCGGACACUGAUGAAGAAGAUGAAGUGGAAGAUCGAAAGGAGGAAGAGACCACUGAAUCAAAGGAAAAUGAGAGUAAGCCGCAAGAAAGAGGGUGGAAAGAGGAGGUUACAAGAGGAACGACGAAGUCAAAAACUGAAAAGGAGGGAUCAAAGGGAGGUAAUGGAAGUUCGCGCCGCCGACCGACUUCUACUGUUCCUUGGCGUCCCACGGCACGUUGGGUGUCAACUUGGCACGAGAAGCUGCCGCUGCAAACGAUCAUGCGGCUCUUGCAAGUUCUUGUACCUCAGGUGGAGAAAAUAUUUAAAAUUUAUUGUGAUCAAAAUCCAUCUGGAGAUGCGUCCCUGAAAGAUGAACCAGAAAUCCUCAAAUUCUUACAGAAUGGCACUCUUGUUGGCCUUCUGCCGGUGCCACAUCCAAUUUUGAUUCGAAAGUACCAGUCUAACGUAGGGACCACUGUCUGGUUCCGUACUUACAUAUGGGGAGUGGUCUACCUUAGAAACUCAGACCCACCCAUUUGGUUUGACACCAACGUUCGUCUGUUUGAGGUUCAACGAACUUAG